UGUCCCUGCAGUUCGCAUAAGCACUGCAAGGUACUGUAUGUAAAUUACAACUAGUAGUAUGGAUUAGUGUUUUGCGAGUCUUGUGGCUUUGCAUUUAACAGUACGAUCAGUAACCUUUUAGCGCACCUGGGCGUACAAGAAAGAAGUUCCUCUUCCCCAGUAUAUUAUGAUGCACUACUGUGUCCCGCUUGCGUCGGCGCAGCUUACGCACAUUUCCCCCGCUGAGAAACAACAAUUCCGGCCGUGAGUUCUUGGCCGUAGGCAGCGCUGCUGACAUCGUGCGUUUACCGGUCUCCAGGACGCCGGCCAGCGUUAGCCCAGCUGCUGUGGCCUCAUCUGUAAUGCAGCCCAUGAUCCAGUUCUUGCUGCGCAGCAGAUUGACAUUAUUGGGGUCGGCGCUGAGAUCCAUGCUGGCCAUCCGCUCCAAGAUGUCCAGACCCUGGUCUCGGGCCUCGGAGAUGGAAGCCCGCGCACCGGCUUGGAAACGCUCGCUUGCCUGAGUGAAAUGGCUGGCACCGCUCAAGCGCGGUGCUUUGCGCGGCGCUUCGGGGUAAAACGUUGAGUCAUCGUCGUCGUUGGCCAUUGCUCAUGGACGCGGCUCGGCUGAUUACGGCUAAAUAACGGACUAAAUCUGUGCGGAUGUAACGUAAGGGUCACUGUAUGUGGCACCGAAUGCGUUUUCAUCGACUGAUGUGGUGAUCAGAAAACACUCUCCAAGACUCAAAGUGCAACAGUUUUUGCUCAACCAGUUUAAGAUUACCCACACUAUUUCUAAUAUACCUACCUUACCUCAACAAUUUUAAAGCUUCUUAGAAAAAGCGCAAUACUUUUAUAAAAAAAAGACUUCGGAGAGUUGCAGACGAAAGAAACAAACUUCGGGCGGACCAAAGACAAAAGUUGAACAACGAACAUCAGCCAUCAACAAACAAACCUUGAAAAUAGAACCUUGGUGUAUCAUUGCGUCUUGGAAGCAUGCCACGACCUACAAUGCCAGAUAUUUUGACGGUGACCAAAAAUCAAACAAAUUUUUAAAUGGAGGAAUCACAGAGACAAAGAGAAAUGCAGAUAAGCCUGGUGGUGUAGAUGGGAAACGAGAUGUUUUGAAUUUCUGUUACAGUGCACUUCCUGCAUGGCCAUCACAGUGUGGAACCAAGCGAAAACUAUGGAGUUGCUAGACAGCGCAACAGCGUUGGCGUAAAAAUGCAGAAAUCAGAGCAAGACCAUAACAAAAAUUGGUUUGCGUAAUAUCUGGCGGCUUCUGUUAACAUCUGCACAAAUAACGACUGAAAUAAGCCAAGUAACAACGGAUUUUAAGUGCUUCUGUGACUGUCUCAUCGACGUGCGUUGUUGUCGACGCCGAUCCAAAUGACAAUCCGCAAGUGUAUCGCCUGCGCGAGUGCGCGUACAUUGUCCCCCAUAGCAGCCAAAAAUGACGAUGAAUUUCGAGAAGAUUCAAGAUGAAGACGCCGAUUUCAGCAAGCUCAGUCCGUACACGCCCAAUGAAAUACAGCGCAUCAAAGACGAGCUAAAACUCAACAAAGCUAAAGCGCGACUGAUGCGUUUCGAGCUGGAGCGCAAACGGCGCUUCCGGGACGUGGAAGAAGCCAAGCAAAGAAAAAUCGCUAAUGAUCUGCGCAUGGAAGUGGAAAGCCUGGAGCGGAUCCGUGCAAAUCUGGAGACGAGCGCCAAUCAAAAGCGCCGCGAUGCGGAUAUGCGAGAAAUCGGAGAACUGCUGCUGCGCCUGAACCAUGUCGAAGGCUUAAUGGCCAGCGCUAAGAAUCUGGCCGCUCAGGAGCAAGAUAAGGUUAAGAAGCAAAGUCAACGACUACGCAAAGUGGAGCAGCAGUUUCGCGGCGCACCGGAAGAUGUUAAUGUGGUGGCUAUGAAACGGCAGAAGAUCAUUCAGUCGCGCUAUUUGACUAUACAACGUAAGCACGACCGCCUGCGGAAACAAGCGCAAGAGGCACAACGCUCCGUGGAACAAGGGAUGAUGCUGCGGCAGUCCUUUAGGGAAGCCUAUACCCGUAUUGAGCGCCAGUACGAAAGGAACGCUAAUUUGCUCAAAAAGAUGCUGACCGAAAUAUCGGCUCUUAAUGAGAAAAGGAACGAGUUUUUGAAAAAGGCCACCCAUAAUCGCGGCGCGAGCAAUGAGAACAAGGAAGAAAUCAUGAAUAAACUCCGCUCCGCCGAACAAAUGGCCAACGUGGAGUACGACACCCGCAAUUUGUCUGUUUGCCGGGCGGUUGACCGUACACCGUACUGGAAAAACGAGAGCAUCACUCGCGCUAUGAAAAGUUUCUGGGAGAAGCCCGUCGCUCCACCGACCACCAUGCAGGACACGGUGGAGCUGGAAGCCACAAUGGCGGCCAUCCGGCGCAUUAUGAACGUCGACAACAUGAGCGACGUCAUUAAGCUGCACCGCAAACGCGAAGAGAACAACGAGCUCCUGGCAGAACGCCUGCGUGAUCUCGUUAAAGAGGCGGAAGACCUUGUGGACAGGAUUGAAGGGCAUUACAAGUAUCUGCAUGAGACAGAGCACAGCACCGCCCAAUGGGAGGACAACAUGGAGAAGAAGAUUAUGAUGCUACUGGAGCGGACGCGUAACAUGGAAGAAAAUGGGCGCGGAUGCCGCGAGAGUUUGUUGGCAUUUCGGGCGUUCUACGAUAAAAUCGGGCCAAAGGUUACGGAGGUGUUCGAUCUCAUGUACCGGCUGAUACCGCACAGUGAGGAGCUAAAGAAGCCCGAGGCCCCGUGCACGGGCCAAAAUUAUCGAGAAUAUCAAAUGGCGUUCUCGCGAUUGGCAUUUUACUUCCAUGCUGUCUUUGAUUACUGGAAACAGCAUGAGCACGAGAGGAAAUCGCGUACGGAUCCUCUGUACCGCGGCACCGACGACGAUGAUCAUCCGCUGGCGCUGCAAGAGGAGAAAUUGUCCCACGUUAACUACCCUGUGGCAGCCAAACUGAAGCUAUUGCCAAAGGAACUGCGUUAUUACCGUAAACGCAAUCAGUUCGAAAACGAAGACGGAACUCCAGCCGUAAUGUCGGCCAAGAGCAUGGAGCACUUUGCCGAAACCGAGGCGGCUGAAUUACUGCAUAGUCAAAACGAAUACCUUCGCAAUAUUGACGGCUCCGACAUUGACGUGGAUGAAUUCUCCCGGCGCCACCUUGCCGAUCAAGAGCGCAUGCAACGGGGCCUGGUCUUCAGUCCACCCGAUCCCGCUGCCGUGGAACGCCAAGAUGAGAUUGAAAAAGAGCAGCGCAAAACCCGGCAGUCUCCGCCGUUGAUCGGCGUCAAACGGGAACCAUUGAUAACAGUUCGCCCCGAAGAGGCGCCGGCUGAAACCCCACCAAAGGUCGACGUUCACACUGCGCCAGCGGUUAUGGACGCUCUUGAGGGAGUGCCGUUUGUGGCUCCAGAUAGUGAUCAACCACCGACGGAAGCGACGGUGGCACCACCUCAGGGAAACGAACUUAAUGCAACUACGAGAGCGGCAGAAAUGACACCACCAUUACCUGCCCAGUCGGCUCCGGAGCAACCGAUAGCUACUGAACCGGAGGCACCGCCUACGGCAUCUACGACUCUCGAUCAGCCGUUGUUGCCGCCGGCAGUAGAGACCACUCAAGAAGCAGUUCCUCCGGGAUCUGCCGAGCCAGCGCCAACACAUGUGGAGACGGACACAGCGGCGCUGCCGGCGGAGCCACCUUCGACGCCCUCUGUUAUCGCGGAAGCUCAACCUUCACCUGUUGAAGGUCAAGCAGAUCCAAAUAGCUCACAGCCUCCCCCAUCUGAGUGAUAACUUAUUAUUGUGUUACUGCCAAGGAUAAAGAGAUCAUGCAUGAAAUAAAUGUUUGGUACUUAAAAAAUUGCCACCAGGCGUAAUUUCAUGUUCAUGCUGUUCAGAACGUUUAGCCGUUCGUGCCGGUGGUACAGUAAUUAAAGAGUGUCAAAUGAAUUCAACGG